AUGACCAACAUUUCUCCUUUUUCUUGGUGCAUACAGGAAGAUUGGGUUUUAUGUCGAGUGUUCUAUAAAAAUACCAGAGAAGUUGUGGCCAAACCUAGCAUGGGAAGCUGCUAUGAUGACACAGGCUCUUCAUCUUUGCCAGCAUUAAUGGAUUCAUACAUCACUUUUCACCAAACUCAACCCAAUUUAGAUGAGCACGAGCAAGUGCCCUGCUUCUCCAUUUUCUCCCAAAACCAAGCCAACCAAAAUAUCCCGUACAUUACUCAAAUGGAAGUACCAAAUGUACCCACAAAGGGUACAAGUCCAUUUGGGCAAGUGCCUAUGAAUACUACCACUCCUUUAGACGCUUUUCCUUGUGACACAAAGGUUCUAAAAGCUGUUUUGAAUCACCUUACCAAGAUGGAAAGCAAUGCCAACAUUAAAGGGUCACCAAGCUUAGGAGAAGGUAGUUCAGAAAGCUACUUAUCUGAUGUGGGCAUGCCCAACUUAUGGAAUCCCUAUUGA